UUGGUAACCAUUGAAUAUAGUAUAGUGAAGUCAAUUCCAAACGAUUCUCUAGAGUCUAGACGAAUAGCAUAACUUCUUAAAAACGCGGGUAUAGUUCAGGACUAGCAUACAUAACCGUAUCAAGCAAAUGAGCGUUUUAGCGACAGAUGUACAAACAUUGCUUGCGCAUCCUCUUGGACUGGGCUGUGGAUGUUUGACACACACUUCAAUUCGCACAAACGUUUUGAUUGUCCAACUGCGUCUUUUUUUAAUAACAAAACCAUGAGGAUCCUCUUCAGAGUCCAGAGCCGCAGUAGAUGGUCCCUUGUCAUUGGCACUGCGUUGUUGAUUGGCGUCCUCAGACUAUUGCACGUGAACCACACAGAUGGGCGCCGGAACACUUCUCCCUCUGCCAUACCACCACAGUCACAGUCCGCUGUGGAUGUCUUCAAGUGCUCCCGGAAUGACACCGUGAACAACAUUUCAUCCUCUAUUCCACCUACCCACCGCAACUUCCUUGUGUACAAACACUGCAGGACAUUCUCCCGCCUGCUGUCUCCGACACCCUGUCAGAAUGACCUCUUUCUCCUGCUGGCCGUUAAGUCCACAGCCAUCCAGGUUGAUCGCAGGUCUGCACUUCGGAACACAUGGGGGAAGAAGGGAUAUGUUCAGGGUAAGAAGGUGAAACUAUUGUUCCUAGUAGGUAAGUCUUCAGACACAAUACAGGGUUACCCGCUGCAGCAGGUACUGGAGUGGGAGAGCAGACAGUUUGGGGACAUCCUGCAGUGGGAUUUUGACGACAGUUUUUUCAACCUGACCCUAAAGGAGAUCCACUUCCUCAAAUGGUUCCGCCUGGAGUGCCGCUGGGCACACUAUGUGUUCAAAGGGGACGAUGAUGUUUUUGUUCACACCAGCAAUCUGGUGGAAUAUGUUAAGGACAACAAGCCCUCCGAGCAACUGUAUGCUGGGAACAUCAUGUCUGGCUAUCCAGUCCGGGACAAACAAAGUAAAUAUUUCAUACCAGUGGAGAUGUACCCCAACAAGCCAUAUCCUCUAUACGCUGGGGGUGGGGGCUACCUGAUGUCAAAUCAGACUGUGCUGAGUCUGGAAGUGGCAGCGUCCAGCAUUGACCUGUUCCCCAUUGAUGAUGUCUUUGUGGGCUUGUGCCUGCAGAAGAUGAACAUCACGCUGACGCACCACUCUGGCUUCAAGACCUUUGGGCUCAAACAGGGGGUGACACACUUCAACCCCUGCAUUUACAGGGAGCUCAUGGUGGUGCACAAACUGAAUCCCACAGAGAUGUGGACAAUGUGGUCUCUACAGCAGGACCCAAAGCUGCAAUGCUUUAGAUCAAGGACGUGAGACAUCUGGCAUUGUGUGUAUAUCAUGCUGUGCUUAUCUGUCUCGCUACCUUAAAUUGAGAAUUCCUUUCAUAGAUAAAUUAUCCUUAUGAAUGGUCAAAAAUGGCAUACUUUCCUUUACCCAAACUAAUAUUUGAAUGUAUUCUGACAUUUGGCUUCCCUUAUCCUCUAUGUUCAGAUCAGCACAGACAGUGUAAGAUCCAUUUAAGAAUAUUGAGAUGCAUCUAGUGCCAUUUGACACUUCCGAUGAGGACGUUUGUAUAAUGUUUCUAGGAUUCUAUAAGGUUGGAAAGGAGAUAUUGAUGGGAAACUUUAAAAACAGGUAGAGUGGGUUACAGAGGUAUUGUUGGGAAACAUUAAAAACAGGUAGAGUGGGUUACAGAGGUAUUGUUGGGAAACAUUAAAGCAGGACUGAACUCGGGAACUGACUUCUCUCGGCGUAUGUGACAUCGAUAUUAAUCAGAAACCUUUUUUCCAGUACCAAAAUUGACUAAAAAGUGCAAGUAGAUUCAUUUUGACCGUAAAGUCAGUAUCUUCCUAAAUAGAGGCAUAAGGCUAUGUAAUAGAAUAAGUGGUACAUUAAUACGUCUUUUGAUAGCUUCCAAAACAUUUUUUAGAAUGGUGGAGGAGUGCCAAGAUCAGAGUAUAUGAGCGAGUUGAGUGGAAGGAACAAGUGGAAGGAACAAAAAUGAAUAAUUUAGGCUAUUUUAUUAGCCUUUUAUUUCAAGGCUAUAGUCUACAAAUAAAUAAAUGAUGAAGCAUUUGCAAGUCCAACACUCUAGACUGGCAGGAACAUUAAGCGCCCAGCAUUUAAACAACAUUUUGUUGUAUUAAAUCAUUUGAGUCUAUAAAUUGCGCAUAUAGGCUGUGAUUUACUUAUAAUUAAAUACUUAAUAAUAAUGGUGUUUAUAAUAAUUAUUAAAUGCCUUUGAAUUCACUUUAGAAAACACAAGUUUGGCCAGAGUCUGUGGCUUCAUCCUCAUGAGAUGGUACCUAGAGAGCAGGCCAGCAGUGGAGUAUACCAUCUAUCUAUGCACUUGUAGAGCCACUGGGGAUGCUGAACACACUUUGGGCAUAGCCACGGGACUUAGGGGCGCUGAGGGUACUGCAGCGCCCUCUGAAAAAACAAAUACAGGAGUGGUAAAGGCACAGUGCACUACUUUGUGGAAGAAAAAAAACAAUACAAACAAUAAUAAUACAAAUACAUUUUUAUAUUGUGAUUUAUUUCACAAAAGUAGUGCACUGGGCCUUUACUACUCCUGUAUUAGGACUUCAGCGCAGGGAUACUUUAUUUUUCUCUCAAAGCAGCACCCCCAAACAUCUUCCUGCAGCUAUGCCUUCAGGACAGUGGCCAGGCUGGGCAGGAGUGCAAAGUUGUUUUUUUCUAUUGGCAGGCCCAAAGGUUUUUAGGCAAAAUAACCAUAUCAAAACGGAAGACUCCGUGAAAGAUGUAAUAUGUCAAGAUCAAUGAUUGCCUCUUGUAUAGAUAAAAGAACAAAACAUUUAAGAGUUCUGAUUCGUUGCUUAUAAUUACUUUGCUACAAUGACACACUUACCUAGCUACCCACCUCAUUUCUUUCUGAUAGCAUACAUAAACGCUGUAAUUUGAAAUGUCUUUGAAAGGUUAAUUUCACACGAGCUCCUGCACAUGUUUUGAAAAACAUAAUAUAUAUAUAUUUUUUUUAAUGUAUUUUCUAUUUUUGUUACAGAUAUUUGACAUUCAAAAAGUUAUGUACAGAAACUCAUCAGCGUCAUUUAAAGAUGCAAACUUUGAAAGGCAAAAAAAGAGAAUGCUAGCAGACAGAGCAUGUAAGACAGAGCACAAGAAGGCCACGCCACGACGAUGAAGGGAAAAUUGAUGCAAGAAAGCAUCAAUGCUUAAAUGUAGAACUGUUUCCAUUGCCGCCUGACAAGAAAAGCCAAACAGGAUAGUUUCUUGACACUUGGGGCUCUAUUCAAUCCGUGUUCAAUGUUACAGCGUGAUUGAAAGUUAAAGGCAAUGUUUCCACAUUAGCGGAGACUUACGUUCCUCGGUAAACGCUGCAUAACCGGCCCAAUCGUAAAUGACCUUUUACAUUUCUGUGGCACAAUCUGUAACGCUUCAGCGACUAGAUUUGGAUUGAAAUUAACCACCACACCUCUGCUUAAUUUCUUGCAAUUGUUAACUGAGCUUGGACUGGUGGGCUUCUAGUAAAAAAUAAUAAUAAUAAUAAACAAUAUGGGAUUAAAUUGCUUGGAUGGACAGAUUCAAUGUAACUGUUAGAUUCUUAAAAUGAUAUGGGGGCAUUUCGAGGUAGGAGGGAACACAGCAGCACUGGUUGUCCCUUCUGCUGGCCACUGACCUCCUUCUUGCUGCGGUUCUCUUCCUGUAAACCCACCAGGGACUUCACAGAAGCAUAUUGCUUCAGCUCCUCAAUAACCCUUUAAACUCGUGGGUAUUGGCCUAUAUGGAUAGGGAUACAUUGAAAUGUGUCUUACAGAGGAAAUAUGAAAAUGAUAUGCAUAACCAUGGUAGCAAUUGGGAUGGGAACAGUUUUGAGAGAAUGGGAAAAUGAUUAGACCAAAGGUGAGUACACAACACUUCAAUUCAAAUCUAUAAAUAAAUAUAUAUAUAACAAAUAAUUAAGGAGCAACAAUAAAAUAACAAUAGCGAGGCUAUAUACAGGGGUUACCGGUACAGAGUCAAUGUGCGGGGGCACAGGUUAGUUGAGGUAAUUGAGGUAAUAUGUACAUGUAGGUAGAGGUAAAGUGACUAUGCAUAGAUAAUAAACAGAAAUUAGCAGCAGCUUAAAAAUGGGGGGUGGGGUGGGGACAAUGCAAAUAGUCCGGGUAGCCAUUUGAUUAGCUGUUCAAGAGUCUUAUGGCUUGAGGGUACAAGCUGUUAAGAAGCCAUUUUGACCUAGAAUUCUGUACCGCUUGCUGUGUGGUAGCAGAGAGAACAGUCUAUGACUAGGGUGGCUGGAGUCCUUGGCAAUUAUUUGGGCCUUCCUCUGACACUGCCUGGUAUAAGCAUUUUGCUUCACCCGCAAUAACAACUGCUAAACACGUGUAUGUGACCAAUACAUUGUAUUUGAUUUGAGGUCCUGGAUGGCAGGAAGCUUGGUCCCAGUGAUGUACUGGGCCAUAUUCACUACUCUCUGUAGUGCCUUGCUGUCGGAGGCCGAGCAGUUGUCAUACCAGGCGAUGAUGCAACCAGUCAGGAUGCUCUCGAUGGUGCAGCUGUAUAACUUUUUGAGGAUCUGAGGUCCCAUACCAAAUCUUUUCAGUCUCUUGAGGGGGAAUAGGCGAUGUCGUGCCCUCUUCACAACUGUCUUGGUGUGUUUGGACCAUGACAGUUUGUUGGCGAUGUAGAUACCAAGGAACUUGAAGCUCUCAACCUGUUCCACUACAGCCCUGUCGAUGAGAAUGGGGGCGGGCUCAGUCCUCCUUUUCCUGUAGUCCACAAUCAUCUCCUUUGUCUUGAUCACAUUGAGGGAAAGGUUGUUAUCCUGGCACCACACGGCCAGUCUCUGACCUCCUCCCUAUAGGCUGUCUCAUUGUUGUCGGUGAUCAGGCUUACCACUGUUGUGUCAUCGGCAUAUUUAAUGAUGGUGUUGGAGUCGUGCUUUGCCAUGCAGUCAUGAUUGAACAGGGACUAAGCAUGCACCAUGAGGGGCCCCUGUUUUGAGGAUCAGCGUGGCAGAUGUGUUGUUAUCUACCCUUACCACCUGGGGGCGGCGGCCCCUCAGUCCAGGAUCCAGUUGCAGAGGGAGGUGUUUAGUCCCAGGGUCCUUAGCUUAGUGAUGAGCUUUGAGGGCAACUGACACAAGACCAAAUCCAAAAUUACACUGUUGAUAGUAUGUGCAUUUUACAUUUACUGUACUGUUCAGUUGCAUUUAUUGAUAACGAAAUCUGAAAAUAUUCUGGCUACAUUCAGUAGCAUGAUAAGACUAUUCCUGGAAAAUGUGGGGUAGGUGCAACAUAAGACAAAACAAUUACAAGGGUUUGAGUGAGAGGACUAACUGGUGUUUCCAAGUGACGUCUUUCAAAAGACAUAGAGUCAUCUUAAUUUACAGCAUUUCCCUCACUCAGACAACAACAAAAAAUACUAAAGUUGUCCAAUACCAGGAGGGAUGGGGGAAAUUUCUUGUUGCGUGGUGCUGAAGUUCAGAACAACUGUCAAUCAAAAGCUAUACAGCGCUGUGAUGUGCAGAGCCAGAGCACUAAUAUCAUGUAUUAGUGCCCAAAUUUGUCAUUUUCAACCCGUAUAUGGGUACGAGUGUAAAGGGCUAUAUACAAACAAAUUACUAUGAACACAUAGCUAAAUGAUUACAAGAAUACAAAGACCAAUGGGAAAGGGAAAUAGGUAGCCUCCAUUCUGCUAGCUGCUAGGAUUUGCAUGUCAAUUAACAGAUAUAAUUAAUCUCGCUGUCUAGCUAGCAACUGGCAGUGCACCAGCACUUUUGUUUGCUCACAAAUAAAACAGCAGAAAAUGUACUUUAGUUUUGCAUCAUUAUUCGUGGCCAAAGGUUUAAAUUGAGAAAUAAAUUCAAGGAAUGAAAGUUGACACAUAAAAUGUUCGAUGGAGACAUGUUGGCUGGGUGGGUUUGGGAAAAUUGGAAUGCGAAGUGCCCACUUAUUUUUGUGUUUUAUUUUCCUGUACAUACUGAAUUGUAUUAUUACUUCAUCUGUAAUAGGAUAAAAUGAUCAAUUGUAGUUAUGUACCUUUUUUUAAAUGUUUUGUAGCACAGGUACAACAAGAAUAUACUGUACAUGUGUGAAAUAAUGAAUGUGAAAUAUGAUCUAAAUGGAAUAUAACAUUUUGAUAUUGUACCCGUAGCUCUUCAAUGAACAAAAAAAAAACUAAAUAAAGUCACAAAAAGAAUGUCUGCCACUUAAAUGUCUGAAUAUUGAAUGUCUGAAUACUUUUGAGAGCAAUGAGCUAUAACUGGGUCGCUACAUGAAGAGUGCCUUUUCUGUACCGUUUUGGUAUUUUAAGUAGAAAUUGUGUACCAAUAUUUACAUUUUAAAAGCCUGUUAUAUUGAAUAAGUGUCGUUUAAUGUAGACCACGUGGAAGAUUCAAUACAGUGCAUUCAGAAAGUAUUCCGACCCCUU